ACUUUUACGCAACUUCCGGUUCGUCAGCAAGUUGCUCAAAAAUAAUGAAAUCGUCCGCUUAACAGCAGAUUUAUGUGAAAAAAAAUCAUUUUAUUAUUCGGUAAUCAUAUAGACCUUGAAAAUGGAUGACGGAAGUAUUCUCACAACUCUGAAAAUACUUAUUAUCGGUGAAAGUGGGGUGGGAAAAUCAAGGUUAUUGCUAACUAACACGUUUACUUUUUGCUUUCUAAAUUUAUUUAAUUAUCGCUUUCAACAGUCUUCUAUUACGAUUUACUGAAGAUACUUUUGAUCCUGAACAAGCAGCAACAAUUGGUGUCGAUUUCAAAGUGAAGACAAUAUCUAUUGAUGGCAACAGAGCCAAAUUAGCUAUUUGGGACACUGCUGGUAAAUAUUUUCGAACGUCUAAAUGAAAAGUGUAGGCGAACAAAGAAAGCAAUCAUUACCAGUUUAUUUAAAAUAUUUAACUUUCUCUCUGUUUGAUUGCCUGAUUAUUAACAUUUAAUGCGUUUUGAAGAAUAUUUAUAUACUUUUGGUCUAAUUUCAGGUCAAGAACGUUUCAGAACGUUAACUCCAAGUUAUUAUCGAGGAGCACAGGGCGUUAUUCUCGUCUACGAUGUCUCUAAUCGUGCUUCCUUCGACCGUCUUGAAGCUUGGUUAUCAGAGCUUGAAACUUUCUCCACAAAGCAUGAUAUUGUUAAAAUGCUUGUUGGUAAUAAAGUUGAUCAUCCUCAAAAGCUUGUCAGCAGAGAUGAGGGUUUAAAGUUUGCCAGAAAACAUCAUAUGCUUUUCAUUGAAUCAAGUGCUAAAACCAAGGAGGGUGUUCAAUGCGCAUUUGAAGAAUUAGUAGAAAAAAUCCUUCAAACGCCUGGUCUAUGGGAAGCUCAAGGACAAGGAUUAAAUCUCGCUUCUAAUAAUUCACCUGCAUCAUCUAAUUGUUACUGUUCAACUUUAUAAAAAUUUUGCCUUGAAAAAUAUAUUUGUCCAUAUGAUUAUUCUACAAAGAGAAGCUUUUUAUAUCUAUUUCCAGAGAUUAUUAUAUUAUAAUUAUUAAAAAAAGCGAUCAAUCUAACUGAUGACCAAUGAGAUUUCCUCCAAAGAGUAGGCCUAUAGUCCUGCAAUUGUGAAAUAUCUGCCUAUCUUGUGGACGACUGUUACAGUAUCUUUAUUAAGAUCCAUAAAAUAUAUAAAAAUUGCAAAAACUAUUACUUAAUUUAUGAAUUUUCACUAUUUUACAAUAGCUUUUAACUAUUAGUAUAGUAUUUUUAUUUUUUGAUUUAGAUAUUUAUAACUGCUAAAACUAACUAAACUUUCAAUUAAAUACAUCUAACUGAAUUCUAACAAAGCAAAGAGAAAAUUUAACCGAAAAGUCUUGUAAACAUAUUUUCAGUAUUUG